GGCUAAUAUGUCGAAGAGAAUAUGAACCACUUGUUUUUAUCAAAAGUCAAAAACAAACAAAUGAACCGUUUGUGUUUCCAUUCAAAGCUUUGGUGACAUUUGAUCACCACUUCUGUUCGUAUUAUAUAGUGAGAAACGAGAUUUCUAUCAUAGAAAUUGUUAAAUAUAAGACUUAUACAAAUUAUGCCAAUUAAGCAACAAGACAAAAACUAAUUAACAAAUUUAUCAUACUAUAAAAACCAAUUUAGUAGAUAUAAAAUAGGUUUUGCUCCCGAAAACGAAGCUGAGGAAACUGUAAGGAAUCAUGUCGUCGGAGAAAACAAAGUCCUCCAAGGUGACCGGCGCUGGCGACCUUCACGUCGUCUUCCUUCCCUUUUUCGCUUCUAGCCACACCAUCCCUUUGGUCCACGCCGCCAGGCUCUUCGCCGCCCAAGGCGUUCGCUCCACCAUCAUCACCACCGUUCACAAUGCUCUCAUAUUUAAAUCCUCUGUUGACCGUGAUAUCUCCGCUGGGUUUCCCAUCGCCGUUCAGACCCUCAAUUUCCCAGCAUCGGAGGUCGGACUUCCCGUCGGAAUAGAAAACAUCAACGAUGCAACCAAUAUAGAAAUGGCAUCUGCAGUCUUCCGAGGCAUGAUGAUGCUUCGGACAUCAAUGGAACAACUGAUUCGUAGUCUUGUUGCAGAUUGCAUCUUCUCCGACAUGUUCUUCCCUUGGACCGCUGACCUCAAUAUCCCGAGACUGUUGUUUUACCCUUCUUGUUUCCUCUACCACUCCAUUUUCCAUAGCUUGAAAGUUCAUAAACCUCACGAGAAAGUGGAAUCGGAAUCGGAAAGCUUCGUGGUUCCCAAUUUGCCGGAUAAACUCACGAUGAAGAGGUCUCAGGUCUCAGACUUUUUCAAGUUCAAGACCCCAAUGGGUGAGAUAAUGGAAACGAUCAAACAAUCGGAGAAGAGAAGUUAUGGAUUAGUGCACAACACAUUUUACGAGAUCGAACCAGAUUAUGCUGAUCAUUUUAAGAAGAUUAAGGGUAUGAAAAUCUGGCAUAUUGGUCCACUGUUCCAAUAUUUUAUUCGCAAGGACUUGAGAGGUGGUGGAACGUCGGAGAAGCACACUAGUCUGAAAUGGCUCGACAGUCAAAAACCCAAAUCAGUAAUAUACGUUUGUUUCGGAAGUAUGGUGAAAUUCCCAGAAGCUCAGAUCACUGAAAUUGCUUUGGCACUUGAAGAAUCUAAACAACCGUUUAUCUGGGUGGUGAGGAAGAAGGUUGGAGAUGAAGAAAUCGGUGGGUUGCCGGAUGGUUUUCAGGAGAGGAUUGAAAAGGAAAACAAAGGGUUGAUCAUGACGGAGUGGGCUCCACAAGUAGAGAUUUUACAACAUGCGGCGGUCGGAGGGUUCUUGAGCCACUGCGGGUGGAACUCGGUGCUUGAAGCCAUCGUCUCUGGUGUGCCAUUGAUGACAUGGCCGCUGUACGCCGAGCAUUUUUACAACGAGAAGCUGGUGGAGCUUUUAGGGAUUGGAGUCGGAGUUGGGGCGGAUGUUUGGAACUCCGGUUCGGAUAUCACUAGCCCAAUCAUCGGGAAACGGAAUAUAGUAGAUGCUAUUGAGAUAUUGACAGGUGGAUCCGCCAUGGCUCAAAGCAUCAGACGCAACUCAAAAGAGAUAGCCAUGAAAGCUAAACACGUUGUUGAAGAAGGUGGGUCUUCUCAUAACGAUGUAAUGGCUUUGAUAGAAGAACUUAAAGCCAUUAAAUCCCAAAACCUUGAACCUUGAAGCAACUGGUGCGAUUAUUUUCACCACCGUUAUUAAGCGAAAAUAAGUCUUUGAAAACUUAUAUUACGGCGUGUUUUGCAAAACAACUGGGUGGCUUGUUGUUUGUAACUAAGAGUUUGAAGCUUUUAUUUUUAUUUAAGCGUUUGGAAAAACUUUUAAAAUGUAUAAAAUUAUAUAAAAGAAUAAUUGUUUAAGAAAGAUAAGAAGUGUUUUUAUUAUGGAAUUAUUUUUAUUCAUAGAAAUAUACAACAUCAUUUGAUCAA